AUGUCUCUACCACGAAGAUCGUACGAUCCGAGGCGGGUCUGCCUGUUGCCCUUGCCUCCUCUCCCCAGCUUUGUUCGCGCAAACAAGCGCACAUUUGGCAUCUACGCGUCGGGCGCCCUCUUCAGCAUUGGCUGGUGGGUGUUUCUGGAUGCCGUCAUCUUGAGCUCCAUCAGCAUGAAACGGCCAGCGGAGGAUGUGCCUUGGUCAGAACCAGCAACCUACAUGAGCUUCGCGGACUGGAUUCCAGGCCUCUGCGGGACUUUGGGAAUGAUCGUUGUCAACUUGAUAGACAAGCAGGUCUUGGGAGAAGCCGGAGGAGCAUUCGCCUUUGGUGGCGGAAGCGGCGGGGGAUGGGGAGAUGGAGGAACUCAAGUCAGAGCCAGAAUGUUCCUCUUUGUCGGUUUUGCACUCAUGGCUGGCGGACUGGCUGGAAGCCUCACAGUCCUCACGAUCAAAUACUUGGUGGCAGCGCUGCCUCCUGGCUACGAGCACUAUGGCAUAGCAAAUGUGGUGAGUGUUAGUGGUGCUCAUUUGCUUACUGCAACCUCUGCUGGCCAUCCUUUCGAGCGGUGCAAGCAGCAGUGCACAUCAGCGAGAGCCUUACGCUGAUGCGCCGAUAUGCUCUUGCAGAUUCAAAACGCUUGCCUGAUGCUGAGCACCAUCUUCCUAUGGAUGAGUCAAAAUGCGGACGACGAAUAUCGGUACGAAUUAACAAUCUGA